AUGCCUAUUAUCACCAAACUUGUGAAGGGUGUCAGUUCAGGCAUCGGGCUUGCAUCAGAGGCCAUUGCAGACCGCAAAGAAAAGAAAGCCGCCAGAGAAAGUGCGACAACGUCGUCUCAUGAACAGCAAUCACUCGAGGUCGGCGAAAGCUCGAGAGGGGGCAGAAAGUCCUUUUCCAAAGAUGACUCUGAGUCCGACAGCGAAGACGACGAGCUCGACACCGACCGUGCGGAAUGGGCUCUCGACGAAGCAGCGGCUGAGCUAGAAGAACCGCCGCCUUCGUACGAGGCGUCAGCUGGAACCCCGUCCUCGGCAGACGACGUCGCCACUGCCUUUGUACAAAACCACAAUCUCACCAUCGUCCCGUCCGGGGGUUACCGUCCGCUCCCAUGCCCCGUCAUCCUCCCUCAGCGUCGGCCCCAGGACAAGUCUCGAGGCUUCAUCCGGGCCUACGCGCCUCUCCUCGGCGAGUGCGCGGGCAUCGACCAGGCGACCUUCCUCGACUUUAUCAAAGAGCUCGAUCGCUCAUCUCGCGCCAACCCCGCCUUUGACGUAAUCAACGUCGCCGCGUUCGCAGUCGGGAUGAUUCCCAGCCCGAUCGCCAUGGGGGUUGCCAUGGCAGUCCAAGUCGUAGCCGGCGUCGGCAGGGAAAUGCAAACGCGCCACAGACGCAACACGUACCUCGACAAGAUCAACGAGACUCUCUUCAUGCCUCGCGGGUUAUACUGCAUGAUCAUGACGUUCAAGCCCGACUCGCCCAACGACCCGGUCAUGCAGGUCGACCUCAACUCCACCGACCAGGCACUCACGAAGGCCCUGUCGACGCCCGAGAGCGAAAUCCGCCAGAAACUCAACAAGCUCCGUCUCUCGUCCGGCGUGACCAAGGGCGACUUGGCCCUCCCCGAAUCCGCGCCGCUGGUGUACCCCGCCAUCGACGCAGCGGCCGCGCGCGCGGCGCAGGACGGUACGGCCUUGCCCGAACGGAAGCAAAGCGCACUGAAGUCGUCCAGCAAGUUCCUGGGAGACUACCUCGACCGACGGGCCCAAGCGCGGUACGUGGCGAUGAACCCGGGGAACAAGCUGGCCGAGGCGACGCCUCCUCCGCGCAAGGAAUUCGCGUCGCGCUUCGCCGACCCCAACCACCCCGUCAACUCCGGGUCCCUGGUGGCCCUGCUGACCGGAGGCCACUUCGACCCCAAGGCCGCGAAACGAGCGAAGCGUGCCCAGCGCCGUGCGGCCUGGCGCGGCUACGAGCUCACAGAGGCCGACAUCAAGAAUGCACAGAUGGGCCGGGGGAGGCGACGACGGGACCAGAAGGGGCUCAUCGGUCGCGUCCUGCACAAGGACGUCUUCUAUCUUACCAUUGUCAACUUGCCUACGGAGAAAGAGACUGCGGAGCUAAUGCAUCAACUGGAUGUGGCCCAGGGUCAACAUGGGCAAUAA